CCAAAUCGACAAAAGAAGGCCACGGCGACCGAGGCGGGCGCCCUCCGACUCCGAGGAGGAAGACGACGCCGCCUGAGCUAAAGCAAGCCCACGAGCGCGCGCGGCACCUCGUGCUAGCUCGCCCUGCUCUGCCUCGACUCGAACCCUAGCCUAGCCGACCGCCGCAAUGUCAUCGUCGGCGUCGAGAUCGACGCGGGCCAGCAUCUCCCCAUUCCGGUCCCGCCGCACGUCGGCGGGGGGCGGGGUGGCUCCGCAGGCGACGACGGGGGCGGGGGCGGGGAGGGCCUCGUCGGGAGGGCGCCCCUCCACGCCCUCGUCGUCCUCCUCCGCGCGGCCCGUCACCCCGUCGUCGUCCUCCGGUGGCAGGCCCACCACCCCCUCCGCGGCGUUCGCGCGCCCCACCACCCCGUCCUCCUCCGCGCGCCCCGCCACGCCGUCCUCCACGGCCUCCGGGCGGCCGACGACGCCCUCGUCGGUCUCCUCGAGGGCGGCCGGGAGGGCGCCUUCCGCCCCGGCGCUGGACGCGGCCAAUGCCAAGGAGAACAUCAUGGUCACAGUCCGCUUCCGGCCCCUCAGUCCUAGAGAGAUCAACAAGGGGGAUGAGGUGGCGUGGUACGCGGACGGCGACAACAUGGUGCGGAACGAGUACAAUCCGAGUAUCGCCUACGCUUUCGAUAAAGUCUUUGGCCCUGCUACUACUACUCGCCAUGUAUAUGAUAUUGCUGCUCAGCAUGUUGUAAGUGGUGCCAUGGAAGGAAUCAAUGGCACUGUUUUUGCAUAUGGUGUAACUAGUAGCGGGAAAACCCACACCAUGCAUGGAGAGCAAAAAUCACCUGGAAUUAUCCCAUUGGCAGUGAAGGAUGUUUUCAGCAUUAUUCAAGAUACACCUGGACGAGAAUUUCUUCUGCGAGUUUCAUAUCUUGAAAUAUACAAUGAGGUUAUCAACGAUUUACUUGAUCCGAUUGGACAGAAUCUCAGAAUUCGAGAAGAUGCACAGGGAACUUAUGUGGAAGGGAUUAAAGAAGAAGUUGUUUUAUCACCUGCACAUGCACUCUCUCUGAUAGCAUCUGGCGAAGAGCACAGACAUGUUGGAUCCAAUAACUUCAAUCUUGUCAGCAGUCGGAGCCACACUAUCUUCACAUUGACAAUUGAGAGUAGCCCCUGUGGUGAGAAUGAUGAAGAAGUCAAAUUGUCCCAGUUGAAUUUGAUUGAUCUUGCUGGGUCUGAGAGUUCCAAGACUGAAACAACUGGAUUGCGACGCAAGGAAGGCUCAUACAUAAAUAAGAGUCUGCUCACCCUUGGAACUGUCAUUGCUAAACUUACUGAUGGUAAGGCUACUCAUAUUCCUUAUCGAGACUCAAAACUCACACGCUUACUUCAGUCCUCUCUUAGUGGACAUGGGCGCAUUUCUCUUAUUUGCACAGUUACCCCUGCUUCCAGCAACAGUGAAGAGACACACAAUACAUUAAAAUUUGCCCACAGGAGCAAGCAUAUAGAAAUAAAAGCUUCUCAGAAUAAGAUAAUUGAUGAGAAGUCCUUGAUAAAGAAGUAUCAAAAGGAGAUAACCUGCUUGAAAGAAGAGUUGCAGCAACUAAGACGUGGUAUGAUGGGAAAUGGGUACAUCCUUCCAACAGAUCAGGAGGAUCUUGUUAGCUUAAAACUUCAGCUUGAAGCUGGUCAAGUGAAACUCCAAUCAAGGUUAGAAGAGGAAGAAGAAGCAAAAGCAGCAUUGAUGGGUAGAAUUCAGAGGCUAACAAAACUGAUAUUGGUAUCAACAAAAAGUUCUAUAUCCUCAAAUGUUUCAGGAAAGGCCAGCCUUCGUCGACGACAUUCAUUUGGGGAAGAUGAGCUUGCUUAUUUGCCUGAUCGGAAGAGGGAGUACUCCAUAGAAGAUGACGAAGUUAGUCUUGAUUCAGAGUUUUCAAUUGAAGGAAAACUUGAUUCUAACAAUCCUGAUGAGUCACUUAGGUUUGAUAGAAGGAAUCGCAAGCGUGGAAUGCUUGGUUGGUUCAAAUUGAAGAAGUCAGAUCAAUUGGCAGGACUAUCACCUGGUGUGGACAGUGAAAGCACAGCUAGUGGCUCACCUUCCUUUGCUAGAUCAUCGCAACAAAAACACCUGCUUCUUGACCUGAAGGAUGGUCGAAGGAAAUCUAUGACUAGGAAAGGAGAUGAUCCAGCACUUACUGAUUUUUUUCCAGAGAGGACUCAAGCAGGUGACUUAUUUAGUGCUGCAUCCAGAGCACGGCACCAUCUGCCGAGUGGAACAACUAUUGUGGAUCAAAUAGAUCUUCUUCAAGAGCAGGUCAAAAUGUUGGCUGGGGAAGUUGCACUUUGUACAAGCUCACUCAAAAGGCUAUCAGAGCAAGUGGUGAACAACCCUGACGAUUCACAGAUUCAGGAGCAAAUUGAAAAGUUGAAAAAUGAAAUUAAUGAAAAGAAAUCGCAUAUACGUGUGCUAGAGCAGCGUAUGGCAGAAUCACUGGAAACUACUGAAGACCCAGUUAUGAGGACCGAAAUGUCUCAGACCUUUUCAAAGUUGAGCACGCAAUUGAGCGAGAAAACAUUUGAGUUGGAGAUCAUGUCUGCAGAUAAUAGAAUCCUUCAGGACCAGCUACAAGCAAAGGUAUCAGAAAAUGCUGAACUUAAAGAAUCAGUUGCACAACUGAGGCAAGAAAUUGAUAAUCUGUUGAAGACUGCAAAAAGUGAGGAUAAUGUGGCUAGUAUGCAGUCAAGUGAGCCAUCAACUACAAGCAGCAAUCCUAGGGAUUUGACAAGUCAUGCAAACAUGUCCUCUAGAACAACUGAAGAUCAUAUUGAGUCUCCAUUGAAAUCUCAAGUGCUCAUGCAGGCUGUAGAAAUCGAAAAUUUGAAGCUAGACAAGCUGAGGUUGGCAGAAGAGAAGGAUGGGUUGGAAAUUCACAGUCAAAAGCUGGCUGAAGAAUCAUCCUAUGCUAAAGAAUUGGCAGCAGCUGCUGCAGUUGAACUAAAGAACCUGGCAGAAGAAGUUACGAGGCUUUCUUAUGAAAAUGCAAAGCUGAAUGCAGACUUAGCUGCAGCGAAAGAGCAAACAAGGAGCAGUAUCCAGAGUGACACAAAACGCCGUGAUCAGGAGAAUGGAAUCUUCGUAGAGGAGUUGCAGAAAGAGUUGGUGGCCAGCUGUCAGAGGGAGGCUGUGUUAGAGGACACAUUGUCCCAAAAGGCCCGAAGAGAGAAUGAGCUUCUCAAGAUUAUUGACGAUGCAAAAUGCCGUGAGCAUGAUUUAGAAAAUGAACUAGCAAACAUGUGGAUGCUUGUUGCUGAGCUAAAGAAAGAAAAUUCUCAGGAGGAUUUGUUCGAAUUUAAAGCAACACAAAACGGCUUUCAUUCAUCAAAGACUGAUACUGCCAGGAUGAUGAGUGAAAUGGAAGCUUCAGAUAAUAGGAACUGGGAUGGCGUCAGUUCUUUUGAAGAAGCAAAAAUGGCAUACAAUGUUCAAAGAAGGCGCUGCAAAGAGUUGGAAGGCAUCGUUUCCAGAUUGAAGGGUGAGGAUCUAAGAGGCUUAGAUGUCAAAGUCCUAGAAGAGUUACAAAAUUUCCAUGUAGAAGCGUUAUCAAGGAUUUGCCAAGAAAAGAUGGCAAAUCAGGUGCUAUAGCAGGGCGCGAGUCUCCAGGUAACAGCUUUGCAGGUGCCCUACACAAUUCAACAGCUGACGCUGAUCCAUU